AUGAUUUACGUGAAGACUAUCGGGCGUCUUCCAUUCAGGCAAUCUCACAAUCUUAUUCGAGAAUACCGGGUUCAAACCCAAUCAUUAAAACCUUUCCGAAUGAGCUCUUCUACGUCUGCUGCCACCGCUCCUGAAGGCGACACUGCGGUAGCUCAGAAAAACUACAAGAUCGUCCAAGACGUUGGCAAUUUUGCAGAGACAGAAGCCAAACGCCCGGAUUUCGACCAAGCCAAGCUUAUUGAAGUCACCAAGUCGCCUUAUCCCAACUGGAAGUAUGGGGAGGGCGUACCCGAUAAUGGGGCGAGUCUCGUUCAAAAACAUCAUGAAAUUGAUCCCUAUGCGCCAGAUCGGCCAAUGAUUAACAACUAUCGCCUGCUGGUCUCGGGCAUCGCACCUCGACCGGUCGGCUUUCUGAGCACUAUCAAUUCCGAAGGACAGAAGAACCUUUCGCCCUUUAGCUACUUCCAAGUCAUCGAUCAUGAUCCACCAAUGUUCAUUGUGGGAUUCUCAUCGCGUCCCGGACGUGUCAAGGAUACAUACCGCAACUUGAAAGAGACUAGGGAAUGUGUCAUUAACACUGUCUCUGAGAAUAUGAUCGAAGCAGUUAACGCCACUGCUAUUGAUGCACCAUAUGGUGUAUCAGAGUGGGAGGUCUCGGGUCUUCACGAGGCGCCGUCGACAACCGUGAAGCCUUCGCGGGUGAAGGAGUCGGUCUUUAACAUUGAAGGCAAGGUGAUCGACAUUAAAGAAUUCACAGAUCAUCAAGCACCUGGAAUGAGCCUUGCUGCUACUGUCCUCAUCAAGGCCACUCGUUUCUGGGUUAAGGAGGGCACCGCUGAUGCGGAUUACAGCCAUAUCGACCUAGACAAGCUGCGACCAAUUGGACAACUUGGCGGUGUCUCCUAUGGCCGUGUUACGUCAACCUUCGAGCGACCACGAAGCAAGUGGGAUGGCGAAGUCCUCAAGAACGAGUUGCUGGCAAAAUUGGAUGCAGCCAAUCCAAAUAAAUAA